CCAGUGAAACUGGUAGGACAGACGGAAUGUUUAAUGAAGUAAAGUAAUCAAAUAAAUCCACGCCCCCAUUACCUCACUAUAAGAGGCCAAACCCCCCAUACAUCAGUGUGUUUUUUUCUGUCCUUGGGACUGCAGGACAGACGGGGCAGCCAUUUGGCUGCCAUGCUCUUAGAUUUCAUGCUAACCUUGUGUUUCUCUUUCAGGGUUGCAGCUUAUCUGAUCAAGCUGGUGCUGCCGGCAGUUUGGAGGCUCGGAGCUCCUGCAUUCAGCUUCCUGUUUGGCUUACACACAUUGUGUUCCAGCGCCCUCUGGUGGUUUGUUGCUGAACAACAAUGAUUAAAGUUUGUUCAAACCUGGCGUCUGACGUCAGUUUGGGCGCCAAAUUUGAAUAUAUAAAGCCUCCAGUCCUUCCAGGCUGUGCUGUUGCAGCCUUGGGUUGGUUACUGAGGCAGACUACUUUAGUCACCAGCUUUCCUGUGUCUGAUAAUGUCCUCUGCCGGUGAUGGGGAUCGGACUGGGCGCAAGACGUCAUCCAAGCGCAAGCAUUUGGCGUGUAGGGAUUGUGACACCCCUCUAGCGGACUCCUAUGAAUUUAAUAGGUGUCCCUCUUGCCGUCCUCCUCCUCCUCUGCCUCCUGAUACGGAGCCUACCAUACGGGACGUAGUAGUCUGGGUAAAGGACUUUGUGGAGUCCUCAAUGAACACCCUAAGGGAUUCUGUGUCAUCCAGAAGACCCAGUGUCCGAUCUCCUCUGAGACCCACUCCUAUGCAGGAGGAAGUCUACCAUACCGUGGACGAAGUCCAUUCCUCUGAGUCUAGCGGGGAGGAAGAAGAGGCUGGAAGAGCUCCUGCGACUGUCAAGGCCUACGCCAGGGUAAAGCGCAUUUUUCUUCUAUGGUGUGCAUCUCAUCAAGUACCAUCUCAGGAUCCUCCAGUAUCAGCUAUUCUUCAGUUCAUGCAGGAUGGACUAGAUAAGGGCCUCAGCCCUUCUACACUCAAGGUACAGAUCUCUGCUCUGUCAGCCGCCUUUGGCAGAUCUUUACAUCAAGACCCUCUGAUUAAGAGGUUCCUUAAAGGAGCCGUACGUCUUAAGCCUAGCAUUUCAAGACCUAUACCGCAGUGGGAUCUCUCAGUGGUGCUUAAAGGGUUGAGUGGUCCUCCCUUUGAACCCUUGGAAGAAGUGGACUUUAAGUUUUUAUCCUGGAAGGUAACCUUUUUGUUGGCCGUAACUUCGGCCAAACGCAUUUCAGAGCUUCAGGCUUUUUCGGCAUGUGAGCCAUACACUUUAUUUUUACCGGACAGAGUCCUUUUACGUUUUUUACCCACCUUUUUGCCUAAGGUGCCCUCUGUGCACAACAUUAAUCAAGUUGUGUCUUUGCCUGUGUUAUGUUCCUCUUCUUCCUCUGCAGAAGAAACUUCCCUCCAUACUCUGGAUGUGGCCAGAUGUUUGAGAAUCUACAUUGAGAGAUCCCGGGAGUUCAGAAGGUCAGAUAAUCUUCUUAUCCUGUUCUUUGGCAGGAAUAAAGGGAAGAAGGCCUCUAAGCCUACUCUAAGUAGAUGGAUCAGAGAGGCCAUCAGAGAAUCUUUCGCUUCCCAGAAUAGACCUCCUCCUGCCUUUGUCACUGCUCACUCCACCCGAGCAGUCUCUACUAGUUGGGCCGAAAGGUCUCUUAUUCCUCUGGAACAGAUCUGUUCCGCAGCCUCCUGGAGCUCACAUUCUACCUUUGUGAGCCAUUAUAGACUCAACCUCAGGGGAUCAGAAGACACUGCCUUUGGGCGGUCUGUUUUGAAUUCCAUUCAGCAUUGAAGUCCCUACCCUUUAGGCUAACUUCUUGCUAAGUCCCCACAUGUGCUGCUGGUUAGGACGUAAGGGAAGCGUUAAUUUCUUAACGUUAAUUUGUUUUCCCUUAGUCCUAACAGCAGCACACAAAUAUCCCUCCCUUUGUUU